AAAAUGUACAAAGAGCUUUUGGUGGCCUGGUUUCACGUCUGCUUAAGUUAGAGGGAAGAGAAUGGAGACGCUUGUUUUUCUAUUUCCUCAAUUGAACUACUUUUUUGCCGCAAAGGAGGAAGAGUAUUUCAAAAUGCUUGGUCCAGAGGACCUGCAAGCACAGAGAAUGAAAGACAAGAAUACAAGUGCCGUCAGACUAAAGGAGAAGGACAGAAAGAGUCGACUCAGCCUGCUGCUGACCAAGUCAGGCUCCCAUGAAAAUGUCGGUGUGGAAAAAACGACAGCCACAGCAACAAACAAGAUCUCACCAGAGGCAGCUUUGAAAUGGAGUGACUCCUUUGAAGAACUGCUAAAACAUUCAGAUGGAGUGGAGACCUUCUCUCACUUCCUCAGGACUGAGUUCAGCGAGGAGAACAUCGAGUUCUGGCUAGCCUGUGAGGACUACAAGAUUACAGAGUCGGAAACCAAGCUCCUGUCUAAAGCCAAGCAGAUGUAUGCUGUCUUUAUUGUCGCCCAUGCCCCAAAAGAGAUCAACAUUGACCACUCAACCAGGGUGGCCAUUCAGAAGAACGUUGUCCAGCCCACCAAGAGCUGCUUUGAAGCAGCGCAAAGUAAAGUGUACAGUCUAAUGAAGACAGACUGCUACCCCAGGUUCCUGGUGUCUGACAUCUAUCUGUGCCUCACAAAGAGGAAGACCCCAGGGGGCACCCUUUACCGGAGGAGGUCACGAUCCUGCGUGUUCACCGACCGAGCGGAGGCCACAGCGGACUCCUCAGUCUGGUUGUGACGCCGCCAGCCGAUGGCCAUGACCUCUCCUUGUUCCACCACCUCCAACACCCCCUCCCUCCACCUCCCGUACUCACCCAUCCCUCUCCUCCCUCUCCCCUCGACCAAAACCCCCCGUCAAUACCCCCCAUCCCUCUCCUAGUCCACUAACAACCCCCACCCCCAUACCCUACCCCCACCCCCUAACUUUAAUUGCAGUGCAAUUCCUGUCGCUAUGGUGACUCGCAACAUAGUAACUUCUUUAAUGAGAGUUCAGGAGGAGGUUUUACUUCACAGCUAUCAAUUAAAUUGUACUCCUUAUCCAGAUGCAUAACAUGCACAUCUUGCAGUGGAAUACUAAUAUGAAAAAAUCACCUUUAUCACUGUUUUAUAUCUGCUAUUGCUUACCACAGUGUUUGUGUUUAGCUCAACACUGUAAAUUGUACAUAAUUGUCUGUGGAAUAUUCAAGUAAACAAUAUAUCCCUUG